CUGUGCCCAAAGUCACUCUUGAUUUCCGUCCCGUUCGUUCGUUCGCUCCCCUUCCCUUUCUAUCCUCCUCCUCCGUCCCGCGAGGCUGCGUACGGUGUACCGACACCUCUACCCGCGAUUCAGGGGUACAUGGAUAUGUACCUCUAGAAUACCUUUUUCCCUUUGAGCAACCCCGGCCAUAUUGGGCCUGCUCCGCGGCGUAAAAGAGGGUGUAACGGGCAACAACAACAAUAACAUGACCUUUUCCACCGCCGUCGAUGCAUGCACGCACGCCUGGGCAACACGACCUCUCUCUCUCUCGCGCGCGCGAGGGGCCGUCGUCCACAGGAGUCUCUCCAUUCGCGAUGUUGAUCCCGCCGGAAUGAAACUUAACUGACACUCCAUCCCAGUCCUCAACACCCCUAUCAGCAGGACAUGUCUCGUCGGGAUCAGCACCCACAGUUCCAGUACGGAGCGCCGCCUCACCAGAGCCCGGCACCUCAGCAUCACCAGCCCACUCCGGUGCAGCCUCCGAUGAAUGUGCCGCAGCCGCCUCAGCCGCCCCAGGCCCAGCCCCAUCCUCAGCAGCAGCAGCACCACCAGCAGCAGCAGCAUCACCAGCAGCAACAGCAACAGCAGCAGCAACAACAGCAGCAGCAUGCAGUUCAGCCUCCGCCCCAACCCCAGCCGGCGCCCAGGAACCGCAAGCGUCCGGCCCCGGCCCCGGCACAACAGGCCCCGCCGGUCGUCACUAGCGCCCCUCCCAUGCCGCCCGCUCCCGUUGCGCCCACCGCUACACCCAUUCCGCCACCUCAGAUCAACCCUCCCGUUGCUGCCCCCCCUCCUCAGGCUCAGCCCGCCGCAACGGAAGAUGCCAACGCUCAGGCUCCUCAGCCUCCCCCGGCCAAGAAGAGCCGCACAAACACUCCCUGGACUCCAGCCGAGGAGCUUCGCCUGAAGCAGAUGAGAGAUGCUGGCAGCAGCUGGGCUGAGAUUGCCAAGACUUUCCCUACCCGCACUGAGGGAAGUGUGAAGAAGCAUUGGUACAAGGACAUGCACUACGCAGAGUUCGCGGAAGACGAGAGCCAAGCACUCCUCAAUGCCAUCAAGGAGUACGAAAACAACAAGUGGAAGGUCAUCGGGCAAAAGGUCGGCAAGCCCGCCAAGGCUUGCGAACAGUACGCCAAGGAGCACUUUCCCGGUAUGCCCUCUCUCAACAUCACGUCGGUACGGCCGCAUCCACAUCAACGAUACUAAAUGAUUCGUAGACCUCUACGCCAAGCCGACCAACCGGUAGAGGAACCUCAGCUCCAUCGGCGGUUCUGAGGAUACUCGGGAGAUUGGGCAACACUGCGAAACGGCGCUGGGAGUGUCUCGAUGCGUUGGGAUAUACCAAAUGUGUUUCUUCUUUCUCGUUCUGACGAUCAC